GAUGACGAGGCGUCGACCGUAUGGACCGUGAGGUGAGGGUGUCAGCAGAUGAUUGGACGGUCACAGAUAAAGAAUGCUUUAAAACGGCCCUCCGUUCUGACCGGAGCAUCUUCUUCUGGAGGAAGACCGUCUCAGCAGCGUGAUGAAGACUUGUGUGGUCCUCGCUCUCUUCCUGAUGGCAGGUGUGUCUCUUGCAGACAUCCUGAAGAGAAUCAUCGGUGGUAGGAGGUGUACACCACAGGAAGAACAACAUUAUGUGUUCCUGGAGACAACAGACCCUACUGGUGCAGGUUUCAUCUGUUCUGGUUCCGUCAUUGGGAGGGGGAGGACUGGUCUCUGGGUUCUCACUGCAGCACACUGUGAUGAAGGUGGACCGUCGUUCACCGUUAAAUCAGCUGAUCGAAGUGUGACACAGACCGUAGGCAGACCUCAAACUUUUCAACACCCCACCGCUGACGUCAUGCUGUUGAGGCUGAGCCAGCCCAUGACUCCCAUCCGCCUCGCCACUGAUGCUGAAUGUACUGCUCUCAGGAACCGCCUAAACGCCAAAAAACCUGAAACGUUUCGUAUUACUGCUCGAGACACACAAGCUCGGGCAGAUUACUUCAAAUACGGUGGAGGAGUAAAUCCAGAUGUGACCAUGUGUGCAAGCAUCAUCGUGAAAACACUGGGACCUUUUAAUGGCGUCGUCGUACAUACAAAUCAAGUCAGCCAGAACGAGUGUUGCCGUGGCCUACCUACUCCUGGCUGCAAGACCUGCGGUGGGGAUUCUGGUUCAGGAUAUAUUUCUAUUAAUGCUCUGUAUGCAGUUCAUGGAGGAAUUGGUGAAAAGAACCUCACAAAUGGGAUGAUCAUCCCAAAUUUUAGGGACGCGGAUGGAUUCACCAUCUGUGACACCAACAUUCGUCAAUGGAUCGAUCAGACUAUGAUGGCUCAUCCUUAAGUGUCCCAGCUGUGUGACGUUUGCCUGUGAGCAACAA